CCCACACUCAUUCCCCCGUCCCACAGCGCACGGCGUCUCCCGCUCUCAGCUACUAUGGGCCAUGUAAAGAGCAGAAGGGAUGUGGCUGGACAGAGCCAAAGUGUGCGAGUUGCUGCUGUUGCUGCUGCUCCUGCCCACUGCAGUAUUGAUGACCCAAUGAUCCCCUGCAGAACUCCGCCAGCCGGGCAGACAGAGUGAGGUUUUUAAAUCUUGGCAAGCUGCAGAGGACAUCCAAAUCAAGGCCCACUCGAGCAUGUCCACUGGAUGAGUGUUCUGUCCGCACAUUUGCACACUGGACAAACUGUGGGCAGCGGAACAGAAAAAGCCUACGUUGGCGAAGGGCCUGAACCUUGGCCCACAGGGCCCCUGGCUCACGAUGACCUACUGCCGGUGACCGCAGACCCUUCCUCCGCAGCCCCCACGCUGGCCAACGGCGUUCACCUGCAGCACAGGGGCGGGCAUCGCACCUACCCACCAAGGCGGGCAGCGACUGGCGCGGUACCACCGGAAAGCAUGCAAACACGCAUCGACACACAGAGCCUUUCUAAUGCCAGUUUGGACUCUUGUGGCUCCGUGCGGGCCCAACAGUCCAAAACCCUAAGCCAGACGUCACCUCUGUCCUUGUCUUUAGCGCUUGGCAAUCAUCCGACUUCCGCUAAUCAGGCGCCGGGGCGGACCCUCGCUUCAGAAAUGGAGAUACCUGCAAAUGUUUGUCCCAGCACGAGCUCGUCGCCUCUCAUUGUGGAGGCCGAGAGGAAGUAUGCGCUGCGCAGCUCCGGGCGUUCCCGUUUCCCCUGUCAUGUGCGCAAAUCCUCCCGCCUACGCCGAAUGCCGGAGGACAGCAAGAGGAGAGCGGAGAAGGAGAGAGCAGAUGAGGAGGCGGUCGACAGUUCUGAUGAGAAUAUCUGGAGGGUUAAAGAGGAGCAGGUGGAGGAAGUGGUCCCGAAAAAGGCGCAACCAUCCACGGAGACGAUCAUCCCCGCAGCUCCCAGCCCUGCAGACGUUCCUCUUGCACUAACCGUCCCCAAACCCAUCCCCAAAGCGCCUCCAAAAACUGGACCCAGACUCGGGCACAGACCUGGACCUAAAUCUCGCUCUAGGCCUGCUCCCAAGUCAGUCCAGAAACCUGGUCCGAAAAGUGUCAUGAGACGGCGUUUGGCAGCACAAGCUGCCUUGCAAUGUGGUGCCACUUAUCGCCCACCGCCCCCCAUACCGGUGCCACUCGUGAAAAAGGACCUGGAGAUUUUCUCUCCCAAUGGCCGGAGGUGUGGACGUUUUGUCGGAGUGAGGAAGAUCGUGGUCAAGGUGGCUCGCAUUCCUGUCAACCUUGGACGGCGACAGAAAAGCUACAAGAUCUCCAAUUUGGAGACAAUCAGGGCACCGGAAAAGGGGAAUGGCGGUACUGCGGAGGGCCCGCAGGUGGUUAAGGAGCCAACGGCGCUCCUCCGCAUGAAGAACAACGGCAAGAGCGUCAUUGUCAUGUUCCCACCCGGAGAACUGCCUCUUAUUGUUAAACGCAGGCGAGGGCGACCGCCCAAACAGCCGUUGCUCAUGAUAGCAGGGGAGGGCCCCGCUCCUUGUGGCGACGGAGACCAGCUCAAGAAGCCUCGGAAGAGGCGGCGGCCCAAACUCCCUUGCCCCUAUCCGUCAUACGGGGACGCAAAUGACGUGAAGACCGAGUAUGGGGAUGUCCUAUCGAAACUGGCUUUUUUGAACCAUCAGCCGCCCCCCACUGGCCAAUGCUCCCCCCACCGCUGCUGGACACCCAGCGAUUCGGAAAGUUUCCAUACCGCCUCAGAAAACCCGGCAAUAUCCACCCUUCUACAACGGCUCACUGGGUCCAGGCGGCCUCGGGGCAGUAGAGGAAGGGGUGCCGGAAGGGGCGGGGGUGCUGCACAGGGUGUCGAGGACAGCGAGCACAAUAACAGCACCUUCUGUGAGUUCUUUGGCAAAAAGCGCAAACCCAGCACCCUCUCUGAGCACGGAUUACCAAGAAAAAGGGGGAAGGGUGUCGGGGGUGUCGGUAGAGGAGGGGGUGUGGUCGGAACCGAGCCCGGAGGGGAGAAAACCGUUAGAAAGAGGCGAGUGAGGAAAAAUGGCGCAUUGAAAGGCGAAGGGGUUUGCCUGGGACAGGAAUGGCCCAAUGGUUCUGGGGGGUGGGGGGAAGAGGACGCUGAAAAAUGCUACCAGAUCUGCGGAUCCACAAGGGGGGGCAUUUCCUCCUGCGAGGUCGGCAGGAGAGGCGCCUACGGCCGCGGAAGCAGAGGGGUCCGGCAAGCCAGGGACGAUUCACAAAGUCUGUUUGCGGGCUAUUUCCGAUCCUUGCUGGACUCUGAUGACUCAAGCGAACUUUUGGACAUCUCGCAAUCAGAUGUACGGAAAGCUUCAUCCGGUCACAGUUACGAACCAUCCGGCCAAGCGACCGCUCACCGGUGGUCCCCGGCCAUGUCGAAAUGGGGAGCCAGCGGUGCAAGUUCUGCAGCGGAUGCUCCCGUGCAGACACACUGUUCCUCUGCCGGGCCUCCUUACAACUAUGCCAGCCAGACUCAAACAUCCCCCACCAUUUGCACCUAUCCAAAAUCCAGUCUUUCGUCCCUCUCGCAGUCUCCCAGUUCCCCCCACCCUGCUGGCUAUGGCCACUACUCUCCCGCCUAUGCUGCCUCUUCUUGUGGAGGGCCCCAGAGAUCCUCGGAGUGCAGUUUUUCCCAUAGCAGCGGUGGCAAGACCGGAGUUAACGACCGUGGUCAGGUGGGCUUCUCCGGCUACCAAGCAGGGGCCAGGAAGGGCUAUGGUGGAAGUCCCGCCCCAGGCCCCACGUCACCAGGUGGGGGUUACAUGACGGUGGCCAAAAGCAGCCCCUUUAGCUCCUCCUCCUCACCAGAGUGUUACAAACAGUACAACAGCAACCAGUGGAGCUUCAGACAAAGUUGCGGCGGAUGGUCAGCGGACAAUUGUGGGCCUCACGCUUACAACGAAUAUGGUUCCAAUGAACCAAAGAACAUCUUGGACAUCUCCAACUACACCCCGCAGAAGGCCAAGAGGCCCCCUUUCCCAGAGAGUCUCUCAGAGUCUUCCUCCGACUCCUCGCAUCCCGGCUCAGGAGCAGCUGGAAGCGGACCUCCUUCCAUGGGGGGAAUCUUCAAGCAGAGUGAAACGGCCAGCGGGGAAGGGGCUCAGUCCAGUCUGUCCAGCCUGGAAAAACUGAUGAUCGACUGGCACGAGAGUGCUUCGGCGCCAUCCUACAACUGGAGCCAGAACGUCCUCUUCCAGGGCGGCGGGACCAGCAAGCCCGGCCGGGGGCGCAGGAAACGGACUGAACAGUCGGAAAAAGAAGGGGGCUCUGUUUUACACUCGGAUUCCCCAUCCAGUCCUUCACCAACACUCACUACUAAGCGGGGAGGGUCCGGAGGACGUGGCCGAGGGUCCAGAGGAGGCAGAGGGGGCUUGUCCGGGAGCUCGAGAGAGCGUCUUUCGGGAUCCAAAGGCAGGGGGAAAACUUCUUCAGGUCUAGAGGCUUCUGGCUUAUUCCAGGAGGGUCUGGACUACUACAGCGGGGACAGUAGCAGCCUCUCUCCCUUGGCCACUCCCAAUUCCGCACCCCCUUCCAACUACCUCCAGGAUCCCUGCGAGUACCCCUCCCCUUAUUCUGCCCACCCCUCCACGCCAUCUUCUGAGGAGCGAUAUCCAGCCUUGUACCCCGGGGAGUCCUCCUGCUCCAUGUCACCCAGUGUGUCUUCUCCCUCUUACCCCUCCAAACCCCAGUCCUACCACCUUGUUCCCCCCAGAAACUUCUCCCCAUCCUGCUCCCCUCUACCACGGGUAACACCCCACUGCAGCUCUGCAAUGAGCCCCUCAUACCGUCCCCCUCCUAAAGAAGUGCCGUUCUCCCAGUACGAUUCCCCCAGUUACUGCAGCUCGCCCUACUGGUACGGACAAACGUCGCACAGCAGCUCCCCCAGCCCGAGUACCCACCCACACACGAGUCCGCACGGCAACACCCACGGGAACCUGCUGGCAAACCCAAACGCGCACAUGAACCCACCUCCUCACGACCCGCAGCAGCAUCACCUGAGCCCCCACGUCAAACCCUACGCAGGCAACACCCUCGCUCACACCCACGCCAACAAUCAGUCUCAUCACUCAGCACAGGCCGCCGCCCACCCGGCACCCUCGCUCUACGACGACGGCGGUGCCGCGGCUGCCCACAAGCAGGAGCUGAUGUCGCGCCAGGGCCUCCUGACACCACCGCCAUACUCCAAAAGCGCACUGGAGGAUGACUCCGGCAUUUACUCACUGUCCCAGUUUUCCUGCCAAGCCAUGGGGCACCGCUACCCGUCAUCGCAGGGAGGCGGGGUGCUGUGCCAGCUUCUGGACAAGGGCCACGAUGACGGCUUUAGCGUGACCAGCCUGUAACAGCAGGUGCGUUCAAUCUGCCCUUUUUUGAAGCAUUCGGGUUUUUUUUCCCCCUCGCUUUUGUACGCUUUGACUUUUUUGUGGAAGGCUGAAAAAGGUGAGAAUUUUUAGCUGCCAGCUUUUUGGGGGACAGUCGAGCUUUAAUUCUCCAGCAUUGACAAUCAAGAUCAACGUGCGAACACACCCGCAGACGCAUGUGCACAAAGAAUCAUAGCAAGUUGGACUCCAAACAGUCCCGCAUUUUCUUUUUUUUAAUUCACGUCGCUUUUUCUCUCCCCCACCUCGUUGUCCUUCCUCAACGUUCCCGCCUCUUGCCACUGUGCACGCUUUGAAAACGCCCGCCGUCGCCUCCUUGCGUGGACCACCCCCCCACCCCCUCCCCCGCUCUUCUUGAGACACCAGCAUCUGUACAUACUAUCUUACAUGCUGUCUGUUACUGUCUUAGUCCACUCAAAGGACCCAAAGAGUCGUGUCUGUGUGUGUUUGAGCGACUGCAGUCAAUGCAUGUAUGCGUGCGUGUGUGUGCCGGUGGGGUCCUGAACUAGUGGGCUUUCUUUCACUCUCUCCCUUCUCCUUUCUGUUCCGUGGUCUCGUUGUCGUCGUUUGGUGGGUUUUUUUGUGACGCGAAAUUUCCCUCCCAAAAAGCAAAGUUGUAUAUCUGUCCGUUACAUAUGUAUGUAUGUAUGUAUUUAUGUACCUGAGGUGCAAAAAUAUUGAAAUACACAUUCUGUUCUUGCCAUUGGUAA